AUGAUGAACUCAUCCGAGCUUCAAAUUUGGAACAAUGCCGCUUUCGACGGUACCGAGUUUGAGAAUAUAAAGAAGGUGUCUUCUUGGUCUUCUUUCAAACAAGAUAUCGUCAAUCCAUCAGAUGCCCUUGAUACUGAUUCUAUCAAAGAAAAUUGGAGCCUCCAACUCGGGAAAUCACCUAUUCCCGUCAAAACUCCGGCGCCAGGGAAGCCACUUCAACCCACCGGGAACUCUGUCUUGAUUCUCAAUAAAAGAAAUCCUAACAAAAAAGAGACUGCAAAGAAAGUAGUCGACGAUGAGAUUCGUGACGAUAAGAUGGUCGACUCUGAAAUUGAGGAAAUCCAGAAGGAGAUCAGCAGAUUGACCUCGAGAUUGGAUACUCUCCGACUCGAGAAGGCCGAGUUGAAAAUCAAAGCUCUGGAGAAACUCGGACGGAUGGUGCCUGCAAAAUUCAUGGAGCAAAAGAAGAAUGAAACAAAGGGUAAUCAAAGAAGAGGCCUCACGAUGGGACCGUCGGAAAUCACUGCCGGGUUCCGGCGAGGUGUUAGUAUGGGUCCGGCUGAGAUUUCGAGGCAGCAAUUGCGCAAACAAGAAGUCGCGGCGGCACUCAUCACCCCUUCUCAGCCGAUACAGAACCGGCGAAAAUCUUGUUUUUGGAAGCUGGAAGAUGUUGACGAAAAAAGAGCAGUGACAAAAGAAAGGGGAUCAAGCUUUACUGUUAGCCCCAAAUGGCGAAAAGAUACGGCAAAGAUUACUCCAGCUUUAAGACGGCAAGCAGCCACAACCGUAGGAUCCAAGAAACCUGUGAAGAAAGAAGGCGGAAUCAUCUCAUCCUCUAUUCAACCCAAGACGCUGUUUCGAGAUGGAGAUAAUAAAUCUCUACCGAUGAAGAAGCCGCCAAUGAAGGUCGUGGCAAGUCGUUAUAAUCCUCCUAGUACGAAGUUCUUUAUAAGGAACCGGUCAUUGCCGGAGAUUGAGGAGGAGGAGGAGGAGGAGGAGACGGACAAGAAAAAGGGUGAGAAAAAAAGGGUUUCUUCUUCGACGGGAAACUCUACCGAAUGUUUAUCACCGCCGGCACCGGAGAUAGCAAGUGAGGAAAACCAAUCGGGAUAUGGAAUGAGGAAGAAGAGGUGGGAGAUUCCUAACGAAAUCGUCAUUCACCGGAAUGCGUUUGAUGAAAUUUCUCCUGUUGCCCUGCUACCCAUGAUCAGGACCGUCCGAUUAAACGCAGUUGAGACUCCACGGGAUUCAGGUCCGGCUAAGAGAGUGGUAGAUAUGAUCGGAAGGAAAUCUUACUUUUGCAAUGAAGAUGAUGAGGAAGAGUUAUCUGUUCCCAAGGCCUUGAAUUUUGCAGAAGAAGAAGAAAACUAA